AUGUCGUCGUCGACCUCGACCACGUCUACGCCUACAGUGACAGCCUCAAAUUACAGGGCCAUACCAGUCCAGCCCCCACCCCAGCCUCAACCGAACCCUUCAUCGCGCAUUCCUGUGACGCCCGGUGUCUUGCGCUCAAUAUUCGCCUCCUCACGCACAGUCUUCGAGGAGCGAUCAAUCUCACGUGUCGCAUUUUUCAGGUUCACUGGGUUCCUGAUCAGUUGUUUGGCGAUCAGUCUGGCCGCCAGUCGAGGCCGGGGGAUCAAAAGCGGUGCUGCUCUUCUCGGUGUUGUUUAAAGGCGAAUGACAGAAGGUUACGCAGUUCUUUCAUUCCAGGCCUCGAUGCACUGUACAAUACUGCGAGAUACCAUCACUGUACGAAUUCCACCAUGCCCCUCUCCGGAGAUACGAUGGCUGCGACUUUGCUCGACAUACUCAGAGCACUCCC